CUCUUCAUUAAUUUCUCUAAUUUGUGAAGUGGCACAAUCACGUAAGGUUGAUUUCCGUGUUAUUGUCGUUGAUUCCCGACCCUUCUGUGAAGGUCAGGAACUGUUGCGCCGCCUAACAGCCAAAGAAAUUCCCUGCACUUAUGUUCUAAUCAAUGCAAUCAGUUUUGUUAUGCCUGAGGUGACAAAAGUGUUGUUGGGUGCCCAUGCAUUGUUGGCCAACGGUUAUGUUAUGGCACGCACGGGUACAGCACAAGUGGCGUUGGUGGCUCGAUCCUUUAAUGUUCCCGUCCUGGUAUGCUGUGAAACACAUAAAUUUAGUGAACGUUUUCAAACUGAUGCCAUUGUCUAUAAUGAAUUGGGUAAUCCGGAUGAUAUUGUUGUUGAUGAUAAAUGUUGCCUUUCAAAUUGGCAGGCUAAACAUAAAAUGUCUCCGUUGAAUUUGAAUUAUGACAUAACUCCACCAGAAUUGGUAACAGCUGUGGUCACAGAAGUUUCCGUAUUGCCAUGUACAAGUGUUCCGGUUAUAUUGCGUAUGAAACCUGAUUGGUCUAUUGUCUAAG